ACGCGAGAUUUCUCUUCGAGGUCGCAGCUUAGGGAAUGCCGGGGAGGACGGUCACGGUGAUGCGUGUAGAAAAGCAACUCGUAAGCACAGGAUACACUGUGACAGUACUUCUCCAAGCGUACGUAGACGAGGACUUGACGGCGAGUAAGUGCAGACAAYGAGCUAGGGAUUUGAUCCACGAGCGUAGAGCUGAUGUACUGGCGCGAGUGACCUUCCAGACCUCGAUCUCCUAUGAUGUGAUGAUAUGGUCUCAUGGUUAUAUGCGCGCGGAGCACUACCACGAUGAGACGGUAGCGGAGGCUAGAGCGAGGGUGAGAGGAGGCGACUCCCGCGGCCGAUGGGAGACAGAUCAGGGCCGACGAGAAGAUGGAUGUAGGGACGACAGAUACGAGAGGUCGGGUCGAGAUGGCUACAGAGGAAGUAGGUAUGAGAGAGGAGAUCGGGACUGGGAACAACAAGAUGGGUUACGCGGACGGUUUGAGCGCGGGGGAGAUGCGAGAGAGCAGCGCGACGAGUCGCGGGGACGGUACAACCGAGAGGACCGACGCGAUGAGUCACGAGGACGAUAUGACUCGGGGGACCGCCGGAAUGAUUCGCGAGGGCGGUAUGAGCAAGGAGGGUCUGGAGGAGACCGCCACAACGAUUCACGCGGUCGGAAUGAGAGAGGGGGAUAUGGCGUCUCAUCAGAACCAUACCCCAAGUCGCCUGACCCCAAGGCGGCCAGGAGUUCGAUCUCUAGAGGCGUAGACGACAGGGCAUCUACUCCCAGAAACUCAUGCGUCUACUGUAGAGGAGAAGAUCAUAUCAAGAGGGAUUGCUCGGACCUCAAACGGGCAAUAGAUGAGGGACUUGUCGUGCUUGACGACCGCAAGUACGUCAAGUGGGCAGACGAUCUGGCAGAUGUAUCGAUGUUCCCCUCGAUGAAGGAGAAUGUUGAAGCAAGGAGAAUAAAGACGAGUAAAGGAAUGGAGCCGAUCAGGAGCCAGAGCAUCAAGAUAACCUUUGAGGGUGAUAUCGCGACCACACCCAUAAGGGUGGCAGCCACGAAGUCGGCAAGAGGGUCUACAUCGAAAAAGUCUGACAUGGACUACGUGAUGAUGGAGAAGGACGAGCAGCGGGUCGAUGGAGAGGAGGUUAUCCUUUCGCCGCGAAAGAGGGGAGUGAAGAAGUUCUUAAUGAAGAGUUCGCUGGACGAGAUUGACACGGUCGAGCCACUGAGGCGGGCCCUUCGGCAACCCAUGCAGUGCUCUAUUCUAGAGUACCUGGCGGCAUCGAAGCCGGCUCGUGAUGAGUUACAGAUGAUCACGCGGAAGACUCGCAUACCUCUAUCGGAGGAGGGUCAGGGGGCCCCUAAGGCGGAAGCUUCUACAGUAGCAGUGACGGGGGUGACUGUCAGAGCGGAUCGCAUGGCAACAGUCCUUCUCGAUGGAAUGGAAGGUGUGCCUCCAGACAAAUUUUAUAUACUUGGUAGCGGGGCCGUGAAGACGAUUAUAAACGAUGGAACGAUACUCGAUGCUGUGAUCGAUAACGGCAGUGAGGCUGUCAUCAUAGACGAAGACCUAGCAGUACAGGUUGAAAUGGGCCUCGACAGGUCGUACCUAUUCGAGAUAGAGACGGCUGAUGGGAGAAAGCAAAAGAUCACUGGGAUUUGUCACAAGGCAGCCAUAAAGGUCCAAGGGGUACGAGUGACCCUGCCUGUCUUUGCGGUCAAGAACUGUAGCUUCGACCUGCUCUUGGAUCGAACGUGGCUGAGCCACGUGCAUGCGGUGAUGAUAGAGCGACCUGAUGGGAGCCAAACAUUGUCCAUUAGGAAGCCAGACGGGACGCGGGUGAUGAUUGAGACAGUGGAGCCUCGGGACCCGAGGAACAGAGCAGCUCUCGUUGUGGGUGCAAGACCCAGUGAUCAAAUUAAGUCGUUACCUAUCUCCGGCCGUGCGGUGCGAUUUCGCGAGAAGAGAUAUGGACCACUGCUCACAGAGGAAGAAGGUCGGAUCGUGGAGGUGGAAGAUUUAGGGAGUCGGCUAAUAGUGAACGGCAACUCGUACCCGAAGGAAAAAGAUGAGGAAUUUGGCGGUGUGGUAUCCGUGUCUUUUUUAAGGGCACGGCCCCUUAUGGGGAGCUACCCAAGCGACACGAGUGAGUAGCUCAAAAAGUUAAGCCAGCGGCAGUGGGCCGCGAGCGAUCGGCAUUGGAAGGGGUAUCAGAAUAAGAGAUCG